GUCAACUCUGAAUCUCCUUUGAAGACAGACCUUGACAGCACUCGCUUCAAUCAGUAUCAGUUCGUCCUUCAGCGACCAAACCCUCAGAAAUCAAUAAUCAUGAAGUGCAUCGCAGCUGUAGUCAUGAUGGCUUUGGCCGUUGUUGCUGAGGGAGGUUACGUCCCAUUGGCCUACUCGGCUCCUCACACCACCGUUGUCCAGCAGAACGUGGCCCCACGGUACGUCGCUUCGGUUCCUGUGACCUACGCCGCCGCUCCAGUUGCCUACUCCACCUACUCCGGAUACACCGCCCCAGUGGCCACGACCUACGUCCAGAACUCCGUCGUUCCCCAGUAUGCCGCCCCGGUGGCCUACGCUGCUGCCCCGGCCGUCCGUUACUCCGUCGACUCCGAGGUCGUUGAGGCUACCCAAGUUGUGGCCCCAGCUGCCACCGUUGUUGCCCAGCCCGCCGUGGCCGUGUACGCCCAGAAGGAAGCUCGCUAUGUGGCCGCCAACCGUGGAGCCGUCCAUGAUGCCCCACUCGCCGGACAUGCCGUGUCCCAGCAGUCGCUGAACCUGGAACCAGCUGCGGGAACCCUGUAAAGCGAUUGCUUGUUUUGUGUGCUGUGAUCGGAAACGAAAUACAUAUCGCCAAUUGUAUUUCAUGUUAUUAAAGAAUGUCAACUAUCGUCAAAGUCAUGUUUCUAUUUGAAAUGAAUAA